GGUUGAACGCUAGGUUUCAUUCAGGAUUCAGCCAUUUCUAAAUCCCAAUUUCCCAUUUGCCUCUUCCAGUCUUCCCUCUUCUUUACCCUCUUCCCUCUUCGGCUCUUCCCUUCCCAAGUUCGCAGUUCGCAAGUCGCAACUUCGCCGGCAGCCGGCACUCCCUGACUCCCAGUGCCAGUUCCCUUCAGCUUCAGCUUCCCUUCCCAGUUCCCUUCCCACUUCGCAGUUUGCAUACAGUCGGCGACGGCGAAUUCGAACCUCCUGUUCCAGAUCGGCAGAUCCAGUCUUCCCCUUCGGACUUCGGCUUCCACCCUCCCAACUUCGCAGCUCGCACUCUCGCAGACUCGCAGUACUCCUUCAGACCUUCCGUCCUUCAGGCAUGGAGGAACAAUUUAUACUUAGAGUUCCGCCUUCUGUCUCUGAGCGCAUAGACCGGCUAUUGAGUGAGAAUGCCUCUUCUUCUGAAGAUAAAUCCCUGGAUUUGUCCUUUUCUGAGGAUGGGAGGAGUGGUACAUUCGUCAUUGGCAAUGAUCAUUUUCCAGCAGCCCUCUUGGAUCUUCCUUGCAUUGUGGAGUCGUACAAAACAUAUGAUGAUAAUGUGCUAAUUAAAACUGCUGACAUUGGUCAAAUGAUUAUGGUAAGAGAAGAAGGUGAUGCUGCUCCAGAUGAUGUGGAGUAUAGACAUGGCCUUACUCCUCCCAUGAGGGAUGCUCGGAAACGCAGAUUUCGUAGGGAGCCAGAUCUAAAUCCUGAGCUUGUGCGGCGUGUUGAGAAAGAUCUUUCAAAUAUAAUGGCUGGUGGAACAGCUGAAAAUGUUGAUAUCCUUGCAUGUUAUAUUAGUAACUCUACUUUUGCUAUUACCCUUUCAGAUCACAAUGGCAAACUUGGCAACUGGUUAAAUAAUUUGCUGCAAGAUUUUAUUGGCUUCUCAAAGAUUCAUUAUCUGAACUCUUUUUUUUUUUUUUUUGGGGGGGGUGGUGUGGUUGUGCUUUUGUUUAGUGCUCGAUCAUGUGAAAACAGAAGUAAUUGUAUCCUUGUGUGAUUGAUACAAGCACACGUCUUUAUCACAAGCCUUUCUGCUUAGCAUAACGGCUACUUUGGCAUUUAGGGCCCAGAUUAUAUUAGAUAAUGCCCAAAUUAUAUUAGACCCUGAUUGUUCCUUAACCGAGUAGCUCACAUGUUGAAGCAGUUGAACAAGAGGAAGAUGGUGAUGAAAAUGCUCGUAAUGUGAAUAAGAAAGCUGUGCCUGCACCUGCGCCAAAGCCUAAGGUUCCUGAAGCUGAAACUAAUGCUGGGGAACCCGACAGAAGUGAUUCCGACGAGUCUGAUGAUUCAAUAUAACACCUGCAGAACUUGAAAUUUGACAUCAACCAGAUGGGUGUUUUCCACUGUAAUGGUGGCAUGAAGGUAGUGUGAGGCACUCUAGAUUCCAGUCUCUUCCAAUGUGUCUUGUAUCAAUUUAAUUGCUGUCCUGUAUUUAUGGUGGGAAUGUAUUCCAUUUGACGUGUUUUGUUAUAUUUCAGUUGUAAAUUUGCUCGUAUAAGCCUUAACACCAAGUCUUACACGCCUCGUUCUCUUGAUCUCCUUGUUUUCAUAUAUAUAUAUAUAUGUUCUAUUGAUCA